CAGUUUUAAGAUAUGAAUCACGAAGAAACGCAAACUGAGGAGCUUGAAGCGCUUGGAAUGAUCUUUUCGAACGAGCUGGAAGUUGUGUCCAGCGAAUACCCCAAUAUCGCCUUGAGAAUGUCAUUGCCGUCUCAUCAGGGGAAAGAUUUUUCCUCUAUGUUCGAAGUGACGUUAAGCCUUCGGUUGUCAGCAGAUUAUCCGGAUGUUGUACCAGAAAUUGAAAUCUCUGGGUUGGAGUGUAUAUUCAGUAGUAAACGUAUUGAAAAAGUGCAGAGAAUAUUGUGUGGUGUAGCGCAGGAUAAUCUCGGUAUGCCAAUGGUAUUCACCAUCGUAUCAGCUUUGCAGGAUGAAAUUGGAUAUUUAAUAGAAGAUUUAGAAGCCGAAAAAAUAAAAGCAGAGAAAAAAGCGGUGAAAGAAAAAGAAGAGCAAGAAAGAAAGAAAUUUGGAGGCACUCGAGUAACUCCCGAAGCGUUUCUAGCAUGGAAGAAAAAAUUCGACGCCGAAAUACGAGCUGUCGAAGAGAAGGAGAAAUGGAUUAAUGAAGUAGAGAGAACUCGAAAAUUAACGGGUAAACAGUUAUUCCUUCGUGAUUCAACGUUGAAUUUAUCUGAUGUAGCACUUAUGCAAACAGCAGGCAAUGAAAUUGAAUUCGAUGAAUCACUCUUCGAUGAGGAUACUGGUGGUUUAGAUUCCGGUGAGAAUGACUAAGAACAACAAUGAAGGGAAUUAUUGCUUCAGAUUCAGGUGCAACCAUUUACACGAUUUUGAAAUUUUACUUUUAUGUUUGGAUUUUCUUCAACUCUCAUAUUUUAGAUUUGUUGUUAGCUUGCAUAAUUUCUUUCUAAAUAUAAUCUCCUCAUGCUG